AUGAAGAAACCAGUUGAAGAUACUGCAGGGGGUGAAGGGCUCCGUCCGUUUAUCACGGAGCUCACCUCCGCCAUCGCAUCGCUAGCCGGCAAUAGAAGCGAAGAGAAACCGGUGUACCACAACCCUGCUGCAUCGAAAGUCAUCAUGACGCUGCCGAACUUUAGUGGAUUGCAUACAGAAUGGCUAUCGUUCCGCGCCAUCUAUGAGACAACGCGACCAUAUUUCAACGAUGUGGAAAAUACGGCGAGGCUGAGAAGAAGCCUGCGAGGAAGAGCGCUUGAUACAGUUAGUUCCGAGCUCAUCGGCAACGCCAGGCCGGAUGACAUCAUGAAGGAGUUGGAGCUUCAGUUUGGCCGCCCCGACUCAAUAGCGCAAGCGGAGACAGACAGACUGCGCGGGCUGCCACGCUGCGGAGAAGCACCGAAGGACAUCUGCACUUUCGCCAGCCGUGUACGAAGUGGCAUCGUCACACUGCGAGCGCUGAAAAAGGAACACUACCUCAUGAACGCCGAGCUUAUGCGCAUCCUCACAGAGAAGCUGCCGAACUCGCUACGUGUACAGUGGUACAAGACAUAUACUGAGAAGUACCAGUCAACGCCGGACUUGGGUCUCUUCAGCGACUUCAUCACCGAACAAGCUCGCUACUGCAGCGCGUUUGCACCGCCUGAAAACAUCAGUGAAGCUACUGGACUUAGACGCGUGACGCAGAGAACACACACCACUAUAGACAAGAAGCCCGCAUCGAAGUGCCGCAUCUGCGAGAUGGAUGGACACCGAUCGCUAGACUGCCACAAGUUCGUGAAGGCUUCUGCGGACAAGAAGUGGGAACUUGCCAAGCAGCACAACCUGUGCUUCCGCUGCCUGCGCCAUCGUCAGCACGGACACAGAUGUCAGAAGAAGAGAUGUGGAAUCGAGGGCUGCACAGCAUCACACCAUCAUCUGCUUCACUACGAGAAGAAGGCGAGCACUACUGAAGUCGCACAAGAAGCGCAAGAAAUAGUCGCAAGUUCACGCAACCACACAAAUCAAGCGUUCCUGAAAAUCGUUCCGGUGCAACUGUCCGGACCGGCGGGAGAAGUGCGCACCUACGCACUGCUGGAUGACGGCUCAACCGUGUCACUGAUUGACGAAGAGCUAGCAGACAUGAUCGGUGCAGAGGGACCAGUCGAGCCGAUGAAGAUAGGCGCCAUCAGCGACGUGACUAUCGACACGCCCACGUCGAAGAGAGUUGACCUCACGCUAUCGACCUGCCAUAGGAAGAAGAUACCCUUCAGGGCGCGCACCAUACCACGCCUGCACCUGUCGCCGCAGUCAAUCAGCAAGGAUGACAUCGCUGACUGCAAACACCUGUUUGACCUGGCAGAUCAGCUGACGUACAACGCAGGGACGCCGAAGAUUAUCAUCGGGCAAGACAACUGGCAUCUGCUCCUAGCAACAGACAUCAGAAGAGGGCCCCAGCAUCAGCCGAUAGCAUCGUUAACUCCCUUGGGCUGGGUGCUGCACGGUGCCCGCACUAGGAUUCUGGGACAGCAGGUGCACUACGUCAAUCAGCUGAACAGCGCCGAGGAAAGCAUAGACAAGCAGCUUCGUGAAUACUUCGCACUCGAGUCACUCAUCAUCAACCCGUGCCGACCAGCUUCUGACCCGGAGAAGAGAGCGGAAGAUAUAUUACAACGCAGUAUAGUACAAUUGGAAGAUGGACGUUUUCAGACUGCGUUGCUAUGGAGGAGUGACGAGAUACAGAUGCCGGACAGCUACGCGACUGCGAUGAAUAGACUCGUAUCAAUAGAGAAAAAACUCGACAAGAAUCCUGCUCUGAAGACUAGAUAUAUGGCGCAGAUGGAUUCACUAAUAGAAAAGGGCUACGCAGAGAAAGCGCCCCUUGAACGUACACCGGGAAGAACGUGGUACCUGCCGCACUUCGACGUCUUCAACCCUAUGAAACCGGAGAAGCUUCGUAUAGUUCACGACGCAGCAGCGAAGACAAGAGGGAUGUCACUGAACGACUACCUGCUCACGGGUCCGGACUUGCUGCAGUCACUGCCCGGCGUGAUGAUGCGAUUCCGACGUCACCGCGUCGCCGUCUCCGGAGAUAUCACUGAAAUGUUUAUGCAGGUGAAAGUAAAGCCAGAAGACAGAGACGCUCUCCGAUAUCUGUGGCGAGGAGAGCGGCGGGAGGGGGCGCCGGAAGAGUACCGAAUGACGUCAAUAAUAUUCGGCGCAGCAAGUUCACCGUGUACAGCAAUAUUCGCUAAGAACUGGAAUGCUAAACGCCAUGCGAACGAACAUCCAGAAGCAGUAGAAGCAAUAGUCAAGAAUCAUUACAUGGACGAUUACCUGGAUAGCUUCAGAAGUACAGAAGAGGCGACGCGCACAAUCAAGAUAGUACAAGAAAUACAUAGUAAAGCGCGCUUCGACCUAACGAAAUGGGUAUCCAACAGCGAAGAAGUGCUGCGUGAAUUGGUACCGGGCCAAGAAACAACACAGAUUGUUAAUCUUGGAAAUAUAGAAAACACAGAGAAAGUACUCGGCGUGAUAUGGAAGCCACACACAGACGAGCUGAGCUUCAACUUAAAACUCGCGCGCCUACCUACUGGCCUGCUCGACAAGGAAACGCCCACCAAGAGAGAGGCGCUCAAGAUAGUUAUGUCGCUGUACGACCCGCUGGGCCUCGCCUCACCUAUAACAAUCAGGGCGAAACAAAUACUACAAGAAGCCUGGAGGCGGGGAGUCGACUGGGAUCAACCUCUCGAUGAAGAACUAUCAAGCCAGUGGAGGGCGUGGAUAAGUCAUCUCGAACAGCUGAAGAACGUAAACAUACCGCGCUGUUAUCCUGGGUACAGCGAGGCUACAGAAAUACAAGUACACGUGUUCACCGACGCCAGUGAGAAGGCGUACGCUACAGCGGGUGCGCGGCGUACGCUACAGGUGGGGCGAUGA